AACAAAAAGGUAAAGGGAGGACACCUGUGAGACCCAUUUCACCUGGAUCCUACACGUCGUCAUCAUGAUGCAGCUUCAAUUUGAUUCUCUUCAUAUCAGCAAUGGAGUCGAUUCUCGUGUUCUUCCGUCUUCGAUUUGACUGAUAAUACCAGUUCCUCAGUAUUUGUGAUGCAAGGUACUUUAGCUCUUUCAUGGCGCAUACUGGCCAAUAAGUCGUUCAGUUCGUCUUCUAUGACGCCUCUUGUUUGCCUAGACCGCCCUGAUAUAUGGUGUCCCGCUCCAUCGCCGUCUGAAGUUUCUUCGCAUCUUACACACGACUAUAAUGAACAUACAGCAGCAGAAAUCAAUGGGAGAUCAAUCGCCAAUGAAAUUAAAGCUACAUUAGCGACUCAAGUUUCUAAUAUGAAGAAUUCAAUCAAUAAGGUACCUGGAUUAGGCGUAAUAUUGGUGGGAAAAAGAAAAGAUUCACGCACAUUUGUACGCAUCAAGAAAAAAGCUUGCGAACAAGUUGGAAUCGCCUCAGUAGUAACAGAGCUUCCUGACGACUGUACAGAAAGCGAAGUUCUUGAUGCUGUUUCAAUGUUAAAUCACAACGAAUCAAUCCAUGGCAUUCUCGUCCAGCUUCCAUUACCCAAUCAUUUGUGUGAGGAGAAGAUUAUAAAUUCAGUGAAAGUUGAAAAAGAUGUGGAUGGUUUUCAUCCUGUGAACAUGGGAAACCUUGCAAUGAGAGGAAGGGAGCCUUUGUUUAUUCCUUGUGCUUCUUUGGGGUGUAUCGAGGUGCUUAAUCGAUGCAGUGUAGAAAUUUUAGGUAAGAAAGCAGUGGUAAUUGGAAGAAGCAUGAUUACUGGAUUACCCACUUCCUUGCUAUUACAGAGGCAUCAUGCUACAGUAAGCGUUGUGCAUUCAUUCACAAAGAAUCCAGAGGAAAUAACAUGUGAAGCUGACAUUUUGGUUUCAGAUGUUGGAGUUCCAAAUUUGGUUCGAAGUCAUUGGUUGAAGCCUGGGGUUGUGGUAAUUGAUAUGGGGUCAACUUUGGUCAAGUUCAGAUGUGUGUGGAGAUGUUUGCUAUGAAGAAGCAAUGCAUAAAGCAUCGGCAAUUACUCCUGUCCCUGGUGGUGUUGGACCUGUUACCAUCUCCAUGCUACUUUCGAAUACACUUGAAGCUGCUAAGCGUGCAUAUCAAUGGACUCAAAAAUCAUAAUAUAAUCAACAAUAACAAUAAUAAUAAUAAUAAUAAUAUAUUAUGUAUCAAUUUCAAAUGUACAUAUAUAUCAUCUCCCCUCAAUGGACUCAAAAAUCAUAAUAUAACCCAACUAAUUUAGGUAUGUCCAAUUUAUUUAAUGAUUUAAACAAAAAAAAUUGCAUAUAAA